GCGGCGGGGCGGCGGCGCGGAGACGGGACAGCGGCCGCGAGCACUGAAGGCCGGCCCGGCGCCCCGAGCCGGACAGCCAGCAGCGACGCCCCGAUCGCGGCCCGCAGCCCCCCGCCGCAGUCCCCGAGGCCCGACAUGGGGCGCGCAGCCCCGAUGCCCAGCACCGCCGCGCAGCGCCCCCGCGGGGAUACAGCGCCCCGCGCCCCGCGCCGCUGAGCGCCGCCGUCGGCCGCAGCAGAUCAAUCAUCAAAAUUCUGAAGGCAAUAAAACUUUCUGAUGGUGGAGAGAAGCCAUGGCGGCGGAUGAUAAAGUCGCCAUCCUGACGGACGAUGAAGAGGAGCAGAAGAGAAAAUAUGUGCUUGCUGACCCCUUUAACGGCAUUGCCGGGGAGCAGGAGCCGCCUGCAAAUGAAACGCCCUCGUCCACAGAGACUGCUGCUAUUCCCGAUGAGGAAAUAGACUGGAUAGAGAAGCAUUGUGUUAAAAUCAACAACGAUCUUCUCAUUUCCAAGGUAUUCUAUUUUUUCUUUUACUCCGCCUAUGGCUCUCUUUACCCACUUUUGCCUGUGUAUUAUAAGCAGCUGGGCAUGUCCCCCAGCCAGAGUGGACUGCUCGUAGGAAUUCGAUACUUCAUUGAAUUCUGCAGUGCCCCCUUUUGGGGAGUGGUUGCAGAUCGCUUUAGAAAAGGCAAAAUUGUCCUCCUGUUUUCCCUCUUGUGUUGGGUGUUAUUCAACCUGGGCAUCGGAUUUGUCAAGCCUGCCACCUUGAGAUGCGUACCAAAGAUUAUCCCAACGACUCACCCCACAAAUUCAAGUCACCCACUGACCACUCUGCCAACAAACUCUUCUGCGACCCCUCCGAUGAGCACAGCGCAGAGAAUUCGGGAGAAAAGGAGCCCGCUCUCUUCCACCUGGCCAGAGUUGCUCAACAGCUCAGACUCCAGUUUCACAGAAACUGCCGUCUCUUCCAUCGCUCCCAACAAGACCCCCACACCCACCCUGUGGCCUCACACGGACGAAGCUACCAGCGCUGUGAUUGACUUCACCUUGAGCCCAAGCACGGCCAGCCCGACCCACCCAGGAAAUGUGACCAGGUUGACCACCACGGCUGUUCUCACGACCACGAAACCUUUGCCUUCUGAUCAGGUCACCCUCGUGUAUGAUCAGCAAGAGGUCGAAGCUAUCUUCUUAGUGAUCUUGGUCGUUGUUAUCAUCGGGGAGUUUUUCAGUGCCUCUUCCGUCACGAUUGUGGACACGGUAACACUCCAGUACCUGGGCAAACACCGGGACCGAUAUGGACUGCAGCGCAUGUGGGGGUCUCUGGGCUGGGGUCUGGCCAUGCUCUCUGUGGGCAUCGGGAUUGACUACACCCACAUAGACGUGUUCAUCGACGGAAAGGGCUGUAAGCCCCCUGAGUACCGCAACUACCAGAUCGUCUUCAUCGUCUUUGGAGUGCUCAUGACCAUGGCCUUGAUCGUCGCCACCCAGUUCCGGUUCCGCUACAACCACUUCAACAGUAAUGAAAGCAAAGGGAAGGAGGUGGAGAUCCCACAGGUGGAGAGGAACAGCUCUACCGAGUCCUCGGAGGAGACGCCAACCACCGCUAGCCACUCGCAGGCCUUCAACUUCUGGGACCUGAUCCGGCUGCUCUGCGGUGUGCAGUACGGCUCCGUGCUGUUUGUGGCCUGGUUCAUGGGUUUCGGCUACGGCUUCGUCUUCACCUUUCUCUACUGGCACCUGGAGGACCUGAAUGGAACCACCACCCUCUUCGGGGUCUGCUCCGUCCUGAGUCACGUGUCUGAGCUGACGGCUUAUUUUUUCAGUCACAAGCUUAUUGAAUUGAUUGGCCACAUCAGGGUUCUGUAUAUUGGUCUGGCUUGCAACACGGCUCGCUAUAUUUAUAUUUCCUACCUGGAAAAUGCCUGGACUGUUCUCCCCAUGGAAGUUCUUCAAGGGGUGACGCACGCCGCCAUCUGGGCCGCUUGCAUCUCUUACCUCAGUGCUGCGGUUCCCCCAGAGCUGAGGACUUCGGCUCAGGGCAUCCUGCAGGGCCUACACCUGGGCCUGGGCCGCGGCUGUGGGGCCAUGAUUGGAGGGGUGCUCGUCAACUAUUUCGGGGCUGCUUCGACCUUCCGAGGGAUCGGCAUGGCCUGCCUGGUCAUCCUCCUGCUCUUCAGUCUGAUCCAGUGGCUGGCAGUGCCCGACGAGGAAGAAGACAAGACAAUGUUGGCAGAAAGAAUUCCUGUUCCCUCAAGUCCUGUUCCCAUAGCAACAAUCGACUUGGUCCAGCAACAGACAGAAGAUGUCAUGUCACGCAUUGAGCCCAGACUUCCACCCAAGAAAACCAAGCACCAGGAAGAACAGGAGGAUGUGAAUAAGCCAGCCUGGGGGGUCAGCUCUUCGCCCUGGGUCACCUUUGUCUACGCACUCUACCAAAUUAAAGAGAUGAUGCAGUUAACCAGAGAGAGCCGUGCUUCUGAGAUCCAGCCUUUACAGGGGACCAGUGAGCACCGGCAGCCCUCCCCCGCCGUGCCCCAGCAGCCUCCCUCCGACCCAUCUCGAGACCAGCCAUCCCCGCAAGCAGCAGCGCCCCAGACGCACGGUGGCAGUGGCCCCGCUCAGCCGAGCGCGGAGGGGCGCCCCGAGGGUGGGGUCCGGCAGGCUCCGGCCGGGGAAGGACACUGAGGGCCCUGCUCUCCGCACACCUGCAUGGAACUCGGCUCCUCUCCUGGGGACCCCGGCGAGAGGCGCCUGGACCCGCCUCACCGCACCCCACCCCCGAGGAGCAGCACGGCACCAUCUCCGCUUCUAACCGUCUCAUCCACAUGGAUUCCCCACGUCUGACCCCCACCCCCUGGAGCCCCCUCGGGCACCUGCAGGGUCGCAGCUACUACACCCGCCAUCCUCCCGCCAGGCCCACGGAAGGGGCACGCGGCGCCCCGGGACUCUUGAGUUGUUGGCUUGUCGAGGAGGCCCAGGACCACAGGACUUCUCCGCCCCGGCGGAGAGAUGCAACCAGCAGUUAAACGAAGUGGAGAGAGAAAGGACGAGGUGAACGCUGACAUGGUUUCUGAUGAUUUAUCCCGAGUAUUUGGCUCUUCAUGCAAACCUGGCAGAAGCAGAAUACAUCUGGCAUUUUGUUUCUCUUGAGGAGAACAAACCAUUCAAAAUUUUAAGACACAUUACAAAAAAAAAAAAGUAACCAGAUAGAAAUUAAUAGCAUAUAUGCUUUCACUUAAAAAAAGUUUCAUCAGAAACUUGGCAUAUCUCUAGCAAAUAUAUUUUUAUAUGUAUAUGGUAUAUAAUAAAUAGUCAAUAGGGAAAAAACUCAAGUCUUGGAGCAGCAAAAGCUGUUACUGACUAUUGCAAACUAAGCCGAGCUUUAAAAUGCCUUUUGUUUUAAAUGGGCUUUAAGACCAGAGGAGAGAAUAUUGCAAAUAAACCUACCAACUCAGUAUCCUGUGGCUUGAUAGAUAAAGCUUUACUAAAUAUAUGAUACUGUAAAGAGCCUCCGUCACUACUUACAAUUUUAAAAAGUGAUUUGAGCUCUCAUUUGUUGAUGGAAUAAAGCAGAAAAAAAGAAAAAAACCACUGAAUUCAUAAGGGUUUCUUUAAUUAAGCAGUACUAUUUACAAUUAACAGUAUAAGAUUUAAGUGCCUGGGGGAGGGAUACCAUUUUUUAAAAAAAUUACAUACUGCAUCAGUUUCUGUUUUGGUUUUGGUGCAGGGUGUGGGGGAGUUGCUACUGAAUAGGAAACCAGAACGGGAAAGGACAGAGCUAAGAAGUAAGUACUCCAGUGAUCAAAGAAAGAGAGCUCAGUAUCUUCCCAGGGGACAGAGGCACUGGGCAGUUCAGAGAUAGUUGAUACCACGACUAGUCAGAAGAGUGGCUGGCGAGUCACACUUGAAGCUGCUACAAAGGCAAGGCCGGGUUCCUGGGAAGCCUUAGGGGAGGGCUGUGGGAAAGCGUGUGGCUUCAGGUGCAUGUGGGUUCGCGCCAGUGCAGUGAGCACAGGAGAGAGGAGAGGAGAGGAGAGAGCUUAAAGAGCAGCUCUUAACCUGCUGGCCCUGGUGAGUGGGGGUCAAGUGCAAAGUGCGGGCCUCUCCACCCAUCACACUGCUGCCCCCAGCUGUGUCUCAGAGAAGUGCUACACGUGGACAUCUAGCUUCACAACACUACACAGCUUCAAAAAUAAAAUAGUGGAAAGAAAUAGAAUUCAGCAAAUAGUUAUUUUUUUGCACUUGAACUGAAACGUACUGUACUGUAAAUGAUCAUGACUCAUUUUAAGUGACCUUUAAAAUCAGAUGUAUUUAUUAUGCUUAUGUAAUUCUAGAAAUAAAGAAAUGGGUGACAGGCGAAAGCUCACCUCUGAAUGUACAGUAUGUGGAUUUGUGAAACUGAAUGUAGGAAGACAAAAAACUUAUACUGUUUA